AUGUUCGGUAGCAAGAAGUGGGACCCGAAAGACAAGCAUAUCUACAUCACAGGUGGCUCACAGGGCCUCGGUCUCGCGCUUGCACGUCUCCUAGUAAAGCGCGGCGCACACGUUUCGAUCGUUGCUAGGAACGCGGAGAAACUGGAGAAAGCAAAGAAGGAGAUUGAGGCAGCGAGGGCUUCUGACUCUCAGCGUGUUCUUUCCUUCUCCUUUUCUCUUGACAAUGCGUCAGAGAGCGCAGCUGCUCUCAAGGCUGCCAGCGAUGCGCACGGUGGACGUGCACCAGAUGCGGUGUUUACAUGUGCGGGAGCAUCAAAACCAAUGUUCUUCCUCGACAUGGAGGAGCAGGACCUGACGAAGGGCAUGGUGGAUGGGUAUUGGGUACAAGCAUGGACUGCUCUCGCAGCAGCGAAGGCGAUGGCGAAGCAAGGAGUGAAGGGCAAGAUUGUGCUUGUGAGCUCAACGCUAGGUUAUAUGUCAUUCGUGGGGUACGCAAGCUAUUCGCCUGCUAAACACGCACUUCGAGGUCUCGCAGACACGCUUCGCUCCGAGCUUCUCCUAUACGGUAUUGACGUACAUUGCUUCUUCCCGCCUACAAUGUUUACUCCUGGAUACGACGAGGAAUCGAAGUCAAAGCCGGCCAUCACGAAGAAGAUUGAGGAGACCGACGACGGACUUACAGCUGAGCAGGCUGCCCUCGGGCUCUUCCACGGAGUGGAGAAGAACCAACCUCACAUAACGGCAGACCUGAUCACAUCUCUCUUCCAUGCGUCGACGCGCGGUAGCGCACCAAGGAACAACGCGUUCGUCGAGACCAUCCUCGACUUCGUUGCACUCAUUGGUGUACCCAUAUGGCGGAGCGGUGUCGACAAACAGGUGUUGGCUCACCGCGAGGAGCACCAGGGAUAUCUGCAGAAGAAAGGAUUCUUCUCCUAG